AGCUGCGCGAAAGUUCUCAAACUCUCCGUGCCGAAAAAACGAAGAAACGCAGAAUUUAGAGGCUCUCUCGUUCUCGUCGAAGAAUCAAAUCCUUUCUAUUUUUAAUGCCUUACGCUCGAAGAUAAUCUCAAUCAAUUCCAUUUAAUUCACGCCACAAUCGAUCUCUUCAGGGAUAGUAAGCUAAUGGCAACUGCAACUAUGGCCACCGCAGCCGGUGCAGCUGCUCUUUUGUAUUAUACGUUGAAUCGUAAGUUACAGUCCCCCCUGUCGGGUGGCGAUGAUGUCGAAGAUGGGCGUGGUGAUGUGCCCAAACAUGCUCCUUUGGGAAUUGAACGCGUUUCGCAUAGGUUAAUUCAAGCCCCGGCUACAUGGCUGGAGACCAUUUCGACUUUGUCGGAGACGCUUAGGUUCACUUACUCCGAGACUUUGGGGAAGUGGCCUAUAGGGGAUUUGGCAUUUGGGAUUAGCUUUCUCCUAAAGAGGCAGGGAAACUUACAUGUUCAUGGUGUAUUUGGUGGAAUAGACAGUCAACAGCUAAAAGGAUCUCAAACAAUUGCUGAACUCAAAUACCUCUUAAACUUACUGACAUUGUGUUGGCAUUUUUCGAAGAAACCUUUUCCAUUGUUUUUAGAGGAGACAGGCUAUUCAAAAGAAAAUGUUCUUCUCCAGGAACCCAAAGCAGGAAUCUUGAAGCCUGCUUUUACAAUUCUUGUUGAUCAUAAUAAGAAGUGUUUUCUCUUGCUGAUUCGUGGAACCCAUAGUAUUAAGGACACUCUGACGGUUGCAACGGGAGCUGUUGUACCAUUCCAUCACAGUGUUGUACAUGAGGGAGGAGUCAGUAAUUUAGUUUUGGGUUAUGCACAUUGUGGAAUGGUUGCAGCUGCUCGAUGGAUUGCAAAGCUUGCAAAACCUUGCGUACUAAAAGCACUUGAAGAAUAUCCUGACUAUGAACUUAAGAUUGUAGGGCAUUCUUUGGGUGGAGGCACUGCCGCACUUCUAACAUAUAUAUUGCGGGAGCAGAAAGAACUUUCAACAACCACCUGUGUGACGUUUGCUCCAGCUGCCUGCAUGACGUGGGAAUUGGCAGAAUCAGGAGCUGGUUUCAUUACUUCUGUUAUCAAUGGAGCUGACCUAGUGCCCACGUUCUCUGCUGCGUCAGUGGAUGAUUUGCGUGCUGAGGUUACGGCAUCUGCUUGGAUAAAUGACUUGAGAAAUCAGAUUGAGCAGACAAGAAUUCUUAGCACUGUCUAUCGAUCUGCCUCAGCUUUGGGUUCACGGCUUCCCUCCAUUGCCAGUGCUAAAGCAAAAGUUGCCGGGGCAGGGGCAAUUCUACGCCCUGUUUCCAAUGGUACACAGGUCGUUAUGAGAAGAGCCCAGAGCAUGGCUCAGGCAGCAUGGACUCGUCCUUCCCUUGGCUUGUCAUCAUGGUCGUGCAUGGCUCCUCGUCACCGAGCCUCGGUUGCUCAUUCAAACUCAAAUGAUGAAGGAAGUUCUGCCGGAUCCUCCGGUGGCAGCACAGAGACUUCUGACCCUCUUCUUACACCCCCCAAGAGAAUCACAAGCUCAGCUGCCAUUGAAACCAUCGACCUUCCUGUAUCUUCAUCUGUAGGAAUGGACUGGACUUCAGGGAUUGAUUAUUCUUAUUCUGAUAGAAUGCGUCAAGACACUGAUGGUGAAGUCAGUGAUGAGCGUGAGGGGCUCACAGACCAUGAUAGACAUGAAGACCGUAUGACAGAGGUUGAAUUGUGGCAACAACUUGAGCUUGAGCUUUAUGAUAGAACAGAAGGUGAGGAUGCCGAUGUGGCAAAUGAAAUAAGGAAUGCAGAAAAUGAAAUACGGGAAGAAGAAGAAGCUGCAAUAGCGGAGGCAAGCGAUGGUCAGCCCGAGCGCUCUGCUCCUGACAUGAAGGAAGCGCAUAGAUUUUUUCCUGCAGGGAAAAUCAUGCAUAUUGUUACCGUUUACCAUGGUGGUGCUGAUAGUGAAUCGAGCCACUCGGGCAAUGAGCAGCCAGAAGAGACUAGGGUUGGUAUUUUCCUCACUCCAAGAUCUCUGUACAGUAAGCUGAGGUUGUCACAAACCAUGAUUAGUGAUCACUUCAUGCCGGUAUAUAGAAGACAGAUUGAAAAGUUAAUUAAAGAACUCGAGGAAGAAACAGCUUCCAUCGGAGAAGUGGUAUUAUAGGAAAGGAACAUUGGAAUAACAAUUCGUCUAUACCCUCUGCACCGGACGUGGAUUUUUGCCCCUAUAAAUUUUGAAUCUGAGCUGCAUAGAGACAGAAAUCGUCCUUCAUUUGCGUUGCUGCAAUGUAGGAAGAACGGCGAUAGCUUGAUGCUGCAACUUUCAAAUCGAAGAACCAUGGAUAAAGCAGCAUGCAGUUCCGAAAAUCUUCGUCAUCUGUAAAUUAGUUGAGGUGCUACUGUUGAUUUAUUUGUUUUCUUUUCCUCUUCAAAUUUAGGUGGUAGGCUACUUUUAGUAAUUUUUAUGUUGAACUUGUGGGUUCUACUAUGGGCUCUCUGCGCCCUGAUCGACAUUAGUUUCUUCAGUUGCAGGAGAAAGGCUUCCGUGGCAGGGAAGGCUAUGUGUAAGUUUUUCUUCAUAUGAAUUUGUGGGAUUUGCAUGGGACGCAACGGGGGUAUACGUGCCAUGGAAAUUGCUCUCUAGCUAUAAGGGAUGCGGUAGGAGUUUGCCAUAUUAAUUUUGUUACAGAGACUUUAAACAUCUUCCUUGAGAUAUCAUAAGCAGGCAAAUAUGGCAAUGUAAAUAUUAAUUGUUUUGCUAAAUUUUGCAGAUUUUCUAUUAGCACUUCACGUAUUGUAUUGCUGAAUAAAUUCACAACUUUUUUAUAAAUUGAUUUAUAUACCCUACAAUAUUAAAUGACUAUUUAGG